CGGAUGUACACAAAUUUGAGCCUCAAUCGUUAUCUGUGUAACGUUAGUUGACGCACAUUCGACUGAACCUUUUCUACGGAGAGCUCCGAGUGGGCUGGAAGCUUCCACAAGCCGGAAGAACACAACCAGCGAGGAGGGGAUGGAGAUAGACUGCCAGCCCGAGGAAUCCAUCAUCUCUUCAUUUGAUGAGGACUGUGUUGUGCUUGGUGACGUCAAGGACAUGAGAUUGGAGGCAGAAGCAGUGGUCAACGAUGUACUUUUUGCCGUCUCUGAAAUGCAUGUGUCACAAAGUCUCAACUGUGCGUCAGAUGUGGCCUACAUAAAUGUAGAAACAAGAGAGGGGAAUCGGUACUGUCUGGAGCUCACAGAGGCAGGACUAAGGGUGGUCGGCUAUGCCUUCGAUCAAGUAGACGAGGAUUUGAGCACCCAGUAUCAUGAGACUGUUUACUCACUUCUGGACACGCUGAGCCCGGGUUACAGAGAAGCCUUUGGGAAUGCUUUGCUCCAGCGGCUUGAGAGACUGAAGCAAAAUGGACAAUAAAAAAAAAAUAAGGACCAACAUGCUGCUGAAGUUGUACAAGUGGAAUGGAGUUUGAGAGGUUGUGGGUGAAUUUGGAUGUGAGCCUAUAAUAACCAAGCCUGCUCAAAUAUAGCUUAUUCUGUGACGUCCACCUGCCUAGCUACCACUAAAAUAAGGGCUACUCUGCCCUAUCAACUUUGCUUUGUUCUGUUGUUCAUAUCAUUGAAUGACUUCAUGGGGACUGGCUGUAUGGGCUCUGUUGCAACACUGUGUUGUUGACUUUACUGUGGAAAGAUUGUCCCACUUCCACAUGUUACAAACUUGUAACUGUGCAGUAUUUGAGGAUUUUGCACCUUUUGUACUCAUCAAAAUGCUCUGAGAAAGAAGCAGCAAGUUGUGUGAAUUAUUGAACCAGUUUUCUCUGCAGCUUUGCUUGUACGUAAGCUGUGACCUGAUACCUGAUUCAAUAUGUCCAACUAGUUCUUAUUCAGCAGGUGUCUCAGUGAAGGAGCCAAAGCUAUUUUAUUGAGUCAUAUAAUGCCUUAAUCACUACUUUUUGGUUAGAAAAGUACAAAAAAAAAAGUUUUUGUGCUGACAAAGAUUUUGUGGGGCCGUCCUGUCCCAUGGAUAACAAUGUCAAAAACAUCCAUCCAUUAUCUUUACCAUCGUCUGGAGUGUGUCGAGGGAACGUUGUCUGUUUCAGCCAACUUUGGAUGACAGGCAGAGAAACCCUGGACAGGUUGCAAGUUCACAACAUUUAGGGACACCGGUUAAAAAGCCAGUACAAUACAAAUGAUCAGGUUAAUUGUAUUUGGAUAUAUUUUUUAUUUCCUCUCCAUGCAGCACAGUGCAUUGCAACUCAAGCUUGCAUUUAAAACUUUUGCUGUGAAAGAAGCUAUCCUUGUGGAGGUUUAAAUAUAUUUUUUGUAGUGGUUUAUUGUACAAGUGACCUAGUUAUGAGCCUGCUUCAGUAUUAAAUCUUCAAUUUGUUUCCUUGGCAUUCAUACAGUUAUACCUUGCUGCUGGCCUUUGCUCAGACCAAUAAAUUGUCAGAAUUA